CUUCCAUUCAAUACAAGUAUACAAUUUUUCAAAUCCUUACCUUCAUUUUCAUCUCUGUCAUAUUGGCAUGAUGCAGGAAAAAUUUGCCACGGAAACCCCUGUUGUGCUGUUUAAUCUAGAACUUGACACUUUGCGUGGGGACCUGGGGCUCUUUGGAUUUCCAUCCAAAGAGUUGCAUUAUCGAUUUCUUUCGCAAUUCAUCCCUGUGUUUUACAUUCGAACUCAAGAUUAUUCCAAGACUGUUGCUGUGGCACCCUAUGUUUUAAACUAUAGUGGAGCUCUACUUCGUUUAUACCCGGGCCCGUGGCAGGUGAUGUUGAAACAAACAGAUGGUUCUUUUGCCUGCAUAGCAGAGAGUGAAUCUCGCUUCACACUCGGAGAAACCAAGCAAGAGCUGUUGCGGGUCUUAGGUCUUCAGGAGGAGAAGGGAAGCACACUUGAAUUUCUUCGAAGGGGAUUCAAGACCUCAACAUGGUGGGAAGACAAUGUUGAUUUGGAAAAGUCUUCGGCUUGGCGUAGCUGACGUUUAACACAUGCAACAAUCUUUAUGACAAGAAAUCAGCUUUCUUAAUUCUUGCUUGAGUGAAAAAUAUUGUUCUAUCUUGGAAUAGUGUCUCUUUUGUGGUGUUUUGUGCACUUUAGGUUUGAUGCAAGUGUUGAUGGAAGGCACUUCUGCUUUUUUUUUGUAACACAGUCGGGGGUGUGUGUGUAUAUGUGGAUUGACUCCAGUCAGAUGACACCUUAUAAUGAGAUGACAUGCUUCGGUGAGAUGAUGCCAAGCUUACCAAUAGCCAAUGGCCAAUGCAAAACUCACCUGGAAAUAAAGCAAAGCUUACCACUUUGAAUACCAAAAUUCACAUAUUUUUAAAUUUUGAAAAUUAAAAAAUUUAUUAAAAAUAAAAUAGCAACACCGGUCAACUACCGGUCAACAGUGACGUCCAGCGAGCGAGCGGAGGCUGGUGUUGGCAACCGGUGGCAGGUGGCGGCGGUCAACGGUCAAAAUCUAGUUAGCAUCCUUUAAUUUUAUAUUUUUCAAAAAAUUCAAAGUGUUGAAACAUAUGGUGAGCUUUGUAGUUGUCCUUGAUGAGCUUUGCAGUGGCCAGUGGUGAGCUUUGCGUCUGACCG